UCGGACGGGGCAGGGCCGGGAAGGCGGCGGGGCGGGGACAGCGGCCAUCAUGGCGCUGCGCGGCGCCGCCGGCCGCUGCCGCUGGCUCGGCCGCACACUGGCCGUGCCGGGGCCAGCCCGGCUCCCGCCGCCGCCGCCUCCUCCCGCCUCAGCCCUGCCGCUGCGCCCCGCCGCGCGGUUCGCCAGCACCGCCGGGCAGGGUCCGGAGGCCGAGGGCCCGCCGCGUCGGGUGGUGGUGGUGAGGAUCACCAGCCCCUUCGCCUGGCUCCGCACCCGCUUCUGCUACCUCCUCAUCCGCCUCUACUUCGACCCGGAGUUCCGCACCGAGGAGUUCACGCGGGGCGCCAAGCAGGCCUUUUCUGUUGUUUCAAAGCUGCUGUCUCAGCGUAAACUUGACCUCCUGGAUGAACUUGUAUCAGCAGAGGUACUUCAGGUGCUGAAGGAAAAGAUUUCUUUGCUCCCUGACAACCACAGGGAUGCUUUAGCAGCUGACAUUGAUGCAAUCAUGUACACAACAGAAGGAGAUGUUCGCAUUUACUAUGAUGAUGAUGGAAGAAAAUUUGUUAGCAUCCUGAUGCGUUUCUGGUAUCUGAAUGGUGCUAACCUACCUGAUGAAGUACCAGGUGAAACCAAAGUUUUCCAGAUUGUAUUUGGAGAUGAAAGCACAAAAGAAAAGAGGCAUCUUUUAACAGCAAACUAUGAGUUCCAAAGAGAAUUUACAGAAGGAGCAAAACCAGACUGGACAAUAACACGGAUUGAACAUCCAAGGCUAUUGGAAUAAAUGCCCUCUACAGUCUUUUUGUGUACCACUGUAUAUGUUCUGAUGUAACAGAUAUCAGGCUUUUUCUGGUCUCUUUUUUUUCCUUUCCUUCCUUCUCAUCCAAAGGAGGAAUGAAUUUUAUAUGUUUGAUCUCCAAAAAUUGUUUCUGAAACUUACACUAUGCUGCAGCAUUACAAUAAAGCCUUUUCCCUGGA